ACUCUCAGGGGGGACGAUCCCUCAGGCGGUCCCCAAACUUCUCCCCGGCGGAGCUGGAGUGUUUUGUGGCCCUCAUGGACCAUUUCCUUCCGGACAAUCUGAUCCGAGCCGGCGCCCUCCCCAUCAGGCAGAGGAAGGCUAUCCUCCAGGAGAUCGCCCGGCGCCUGGAGCCGCUGUCCGGAUGUCUGCGCACCCCCCGGCAGCUCCGACACCGCUGGACCGACUUCAACAACCGGGACCCCGACCGUCUGGAGGAGAUCCGGAGCCGUCUGAGGAGAGGGAACAAAUGGAGACAGCACCGUUCUCAGCAAGACAUCAAGAGGGAGGCGGAGCCUCUGGGGGAGCACGCCCCCGAGGAGCACAGGCCCACCACACCUUGGCAUCACCACGGGCUUCCCAAACCUAGAAACUCCUUCACUAUGGCGCGAUUAAAAAGAAAUGGUCAACUGGCGCGUCACAUCAUACGUAUGGAGAGGUUCCCCCCCCGGGGUCCGGAGCCGGAGCGCCCCCUACAGAGAGACCCCCCCUGCGCCGACUCGUGAGAUCCUGUCUAUAUUCGCCCUCUCGUACCCACAGUCUGGAACGUUCUGAUCUUUUAUACCUUCUGUAUUUGUCUGUAUAGUGAGGUAGCUCCGCCCACAGCGAUGACAUAUUGUACGCUCAGCAUGAUGUUACCUUCUCCUGCUCAGUGGACAAUCAGGGUUCUGUCUUCUUACUUUGAUACCCACCAUCUUGUCCCCCCCACGGAUUAUAAAACCCGACGCUUCCGUUCACUUCUAAUAAAAUAUUCCGGGAUUGCUGCUUAGAACCUGAUUGACCAUAAAUGGCGUCAUCUGUCCUCCACCCCUGCACACCGAGGACACCCCCCGCUUCAUUACCUUAUAAAUAAUCCCCGAUACGGCACAAUAACGGGUAAGUGAACCUGUUGUUACAAACAUUUUCAUUCAGCGGCAGGGUUUUGUUAUUAACCCUUCAGAGUGGUGACAAGGUACGGAUCAUUCUAUGCAUUGGGGAAGAGCAGGUCCAGAGCUGGGCAGUUUGCCAGAAGCACACACACAGGUACUUCCUUUCCAUUGUUUGGCCAAUCACAGCACAGAUGAUUACCGGUACAUAGUACUGUUGUAUAGUUGGAGUGGAGGGAGAACGGGGUCACUGAUACCCUGGUUGUGUUGUCUGAGCAAAAAGGAAAAAAAACAAAGGCAGCACAGUAAGGAAGGGGUUACAAUGAGCACUGAACUGUGAUGAGAAGAAAGCCUUGAUUUACCUUUUAGGGAUAGUGAGGAUCUUCUGGAGGAUGAAGACAGGCUCACAGAUUGCAGGUGCUGUAGACUAGACUUUUGCCAUCUCUCUUGCAUAUAGCAGUGGCUAAGCCCCGCCCCCACUUCAUGUGUUCUUCCGUAGCACUAUGCAGGCCCCGCCCCCAAUGUCUCUGCAGUAUGGAGCCCCUACCCUGUCCUUGUCUGCCUGUUAACCCCUAGAUGGACAGUCACUGCUAAUUAUGGGGAGUGGCAAUCACGCCGCUCCCUCUCAUUAACCCAAUUAGCUAAAAUGGUGGUGGAGGUCCCCUUCCCUGCCUGGUGAUGCUGCCCGGCUCCGCUGAUCACAUGAUAUAAAGGGCUGCAAUAAAUGAACAUUAUACAGUGAAUGCAAUGUAGUCCUCACAAAAUCUCCUGAGGGGACCAAAGAAGUGUCAUAAAAAAGUUAUGUAAAGCCCCUAAUAAAAAAAAUCCCCUCUUCCCAUUUUAUAAAAAAAAAAAAAGUUGUAAACAUAUUUGAUAUCGUUGUGUGCAGAAAUGUUUAAUCUAUUAAAAUAUAAUGUAUACGGUCAAUGGCGUAACCGUAAAGAAUACCAAACACCAUUAAAAAAAAUGGUCACAUCAUAUGUCAGAAAAUAAUGAAUAAAAAUUAUCAAAAAGUCCCAUAAAAAUAAUACCAAUAAAAAUGAUGGAAUAAAAUGGGAUUUACAUAUAGAGGAGGAAACGGGAACCGUUCACCAACUAUGGGAGGAAAAAUACGGGAGGUGAGUGACGAGAUAAAGGGGUCUCCUGUCUGAUCAGACAAAGAUGGAGUCUGAAGGGGACGACCACGUCUACCAUGUAUGAUAUGAAGAGCCGAAGUGCCUGAAACGACCGCCGCCCCCUGGCUGCACGUAUUAUAUAUUGUCAGGACGGAGGGCCAUCUCUUGUGUCACACUUUAUGGAUGGUCUUGGAGAUCCGUACACUGGAGGACUAGGAUCCACUGUGCGGCCUGUGAGAUACUAACCGGGGCGGGGACACAUUCUGACCGUCACUUCAGGGGACACAGGCGCCAGUCCUCCUUCCCCCGUACACAGUAGGUUCAGUCAUGAAGACGAUUUUUCAAGAUGGAAGUAUAAAGGGUUAAAGACUGAUCACCGUGAUGACACCGAGGAAGCAUCCAAAGCCUCAAUAUAGUGUUCCCUGAAGCCGAUCAGUCACUGAGGAAAGAAGCUUCACGUAACCAAAAUGUCAUCAGGGACAGAAGGAAGAAAAAGAUAAAAAGAAAGAGGAAAAAAAUAACAAAGAGGAUCACAACCUGUUCUCUCCAUACAUCUCCACCCUAAUCUCCUGAUAUCUCCUCACAUAAUCUCCAUACACAUCCUGUCCUCUCC